AUGUUCCUGUCAGGCCUCCAGACGGUGGGCGCCACCUUCGCUGCUUCUGUGAAUGCCUGGUCUGGCCAGCGAGCUGCUGAGGACCUGCAGUCCUCGGACCUGAUCAAUCUUUACAAGAGUGAGGUGGAAACCUUCAGUAGCAGUUAUGUUCAGGGAGAUGCAAAUGACGAGGCUUCAAAGUCUGCUGCAAUAGCAGCACAGACGCUUUCGCUCUGGAACCAGCGCCUCCAAGGUGAUGCGGACGCCGAUGGCAACUGCCUCGCUGCUCCUGGCCUGCGGGGUCUGCUGGAGACCGACGGCCUGCAGACGGUGUUGCGAGCACUAACACGAGGCGGGACCUGGGCUCGGCUCAGUGUGGAGGCUCUCCAGCCUGUCAUCUUUUGA